GCAAUUUAUCUUUCUUUUCCAGAUGACUGAAAAUAUCUACAGGAUCCUGUCUCUCCGGUUUUCAUCGGUGAGUAGCAUAAGGGACAGGCGGCUGAGGAACAAAAAUGAUAUCGGUCAAAAUCAUUCCAGCACCUACUUUUUACUAAGGAACUUCAUGCUCAUAGGGGUUUUCUGGAGGCAUUUCCAGGAGUGAGGCAAGGUACCACAGACACAUCCCUACGGGAUCAUGUAAGCAUUUGCAAAUGAGAAAAGCACCCCAUCCAGACCUUCUCUGACCGCUUUGCAGUACAUGGUUUGGUGUAAGCACAGCAAUUCUCACCUCUUUCUCUCCCUUUUAAGUCUCUUGAGCUUGGAGACCUCUUUCCUCCUUGCAAUUAUGAUUAUUUGCAACAUCAGUGCCAUCAAAGAUUGGAGCACUUUCCUUUCCCAAAUCCUCCCCAGCGUUAACAAGACUCUGAACUUGGUACAGCAAGUGGAAGCCACCACCAGCUCGGUGGUAAGUGUCCUCCAGGACCCCGAACAGGACAACUACCUGUCCAAUAGCCAGUCCAUGAACUCCAGCAACUUCACAGCUGGCCUGGACCACUUGUUCCAGUACUCAUACUCGGACAAUGACCAGCUCUACAAGGAGUACAAGCCCCCUCCUCGAGAUGCCAUUCCUCUGCCCAAGGCUGUCCUCUACCUCCUCAUGGCAGCCCUGGUGGUGGUGGCAGUGGCGUAUGCCAUCGUCGGGCAUCUCAUCAAGGACCUCAUUUACGACUUUAUAGAGUGGAUCUUUGGCCCCAACCCGGAUGACAACAGCAACAAGAGUGACAUCAACUGCAUCAGCAACAGCGUCAACGAGAUGAGCGAGAUGCCCGAGGCGCCGCGGCACCGGGAGCGGCAGCCCCAGGACGUGGUCAUUGCCAUCGGCGAGACCUGCCACCUGCCACAGCAGACGUGACCGGCGCCACGGCCGGGCCAGGCGGGAUGGAGCAGCGGGAUGGAGCAGCACGAUGGAGAGGAGGGAUGGAGCAGAAGGAUGGAGCAGAGAAACAGUGCAGCAGCCGCCUUGCAGGGCCGGGCAGGGAGAGGAAGGGAUGGGCAGAGUCGGCGCCGUGGAGCAAAGCCCUUCUCCCCCUGGUUUUACCAUCCUGGAAGGACCUUGUGGGGGUGGGUGUCGUCACCCCCUCUCCCAGGCUUGUCAGCCCUGUCCUGACAUCUGCCCUUGGGUUUGUGACCCCCUCUUUGUUCGCUGUGAAUAGCAAAAAAAGAAAAAGCAAAUGCAAAAUACAUCCACCA